AUGGGUUCGACACAGUUUGGGAACUUCGGCGACUUUUGUCGCGAUUCAACGCUGCCAGUCUGCAAUCUUUUCGUUCCCAGCAACCAACCGCCCAAUGAAGCCUUCGGCGGGUGUGAACUCCUUGGAAUUGGCGUUGGUGGCGGCGACAGACUCGCUAAUCUCGGCUCUAUACUACUCGCGUUCGCUGGCAUCCUCGCAUCCGCGUUCCUGAUAUGGCGAUCGGAACGGAAACAAGCGGCUGUGGGGCGAAGAGAGAUGCAGAUAUUCUUACUUGGCUUCAUUGUCAUUGAGAUUUGCGAAAUCUUCUCCGUGGGCGGUAUCCCAAUAAGAGAUGAUGUUCGAAAGGGUUUCUCGGCCGUUCACAUUGCUGCGAUCGCCGCGGUCUCCUGGGUCCUGUUUCUGAAUGCGCUUGUUGGCUUCCAAUUCCUAGACGACGGAACUCCCGCGUCAGUAGGCCUCUUCCUCGUGUCAGCUGGAGCCAUCUUCGUCGGCACUGGAUAUAUUGCCUUGGAUACCGGUUUUGACUGGACAGGGGAAUUCGAGACGACCGGACCAGACUACCGGAAUAUUGCGCUCUAUGUCCUUUACCAGCUCUUCCCGCUCGUCUGCCUUGUCGCGUUCUUCCUGCUGGAGACUUACCUUGUGAUUCGUGUGCUAGGCGAAUUCCGACCAAUGCUGUAUCUCGGCGCUGCAGCUAUCCUAUUCGCCAUCGGACAAGUUUUCAACUACGUGAUUAGCACUCAUCUAUGCAAGGCGACAGACGGAAGCAUCAACGGUGCUCUCUUCGAGACUCUCUUCACUGUAGUUUCAGUGGUGAUGCUGUGGACUUUCUGGAGCAGCAUCACAGAGGACGACUGGCCCAUGGCAAUGUCACAACCCAUACCCGGGUACAACUAA